CACUUCUUCGCCUCGCUGCUUCCCAGUCAGCCAGCGGAGCGGCCCCGGUGCUCGUCCCUGUCUGUCCUCUGCUGCCGUCACCCUCCUCCAGCCAUGUAUCGUUAUUUCGGGGAGCUGCUGAGCCGCUCCGCGGGGAGCGCCCUGGCCUCGGGCUGCGUGGACUCCGCUCUCCCGGCCACCUCAUCCCUGAUGCGGGUGCGCAGAUACGCCGACGCGGCGGAGCAGCCCGACGACCCCAACUUUUUCAGGAUGGUCGAAGGCUUUUUCGAUCGCGGCGCCGCCAUCGUUGAGGACAAGCUGGUGGAGGGUCUGAAGACCAGGGAGAGCCCCGAGCAGAAGAGGCACCGAGUGCGCGGGAUCCUUCGCAUCAUCAAGCCCUGCAACCACGUCCUCAGCGUGUCUUUCCCCAUCAAGAGGGACAACGGAGAGUGGGAGGUGAUCGAGGGCUACCGCGCCCAGCACAGCCAGCACCGGACACCCUGCAAAGGGGGUAUCCGUUACAGCACUGAUGUGUCCGUGGAUGAGGUCAAAGCUCUGGCUUCGCUAAUGACCUACAAGUGCGCUGUUGUUGAUGUGCCAUUCGGUGGUGCCAAAGCUGGUGUCAAGAUCAAUCCCAGGAACUACUCUGAUAAUGAGCUGGAGAAGAUCACCAGAAGAUUCACGAUCGAGCUGGCCAAGAAGGGCUUCAUCGGACCAGGCAUCGACGUCCCAGCUCCUGACAUGAGCACAGGCGAGAGGGAAAUGUCCUGGAUCGCCGACACGUAUGCCAACACUAUUGCUCACACUGACAUCAAUGCUCAUGCUUGUGUGACCGGAAAGCCCAUCAGCCAGGGAGGAAUCCACGGAAGAAUUUCCGCCACCGGUCGUGGAGUUUUCCACGGCAUUGAGAACUUCAUCAACGAAGCUUCCUACAUGAGCAUCCUGGGUCUGACACCUGGAUUCCAGGACAAGACUUUCAUCGUCCAGGGCUUUGGUAAUGUGGGCCUCCACUCCAUGAGAUACUUGCACAGAUUUGGAGCCAAGUGUGUGGGUGUGGGUGAGAUCGACGGAGCCAUCUACAACCCAGAGGGCAUCGACCCCAAGCAGCUGGAGGACUAUAAACUGAAUCAUGGGACGAUUGUUGGAUUCCCAGGUGCCAAACCCUAUGAUGGAAACAUCCUGGAAGCAGACUGCCACAUCCUGAUACCUGCUGCUGGAGAGAAGCAGCUGACCCGGAACAACGCUUCCAGGAUUAAGGCUAAGAUCAUUGCUGAAGGUGCCAACGGACCCACCACCCCUGAUGCCGACAAAGUCUUCCUGGCAAACAACGUCAUGGUCAUUCCUGACAUGUACCUGAAUGCUGGUGGUGUUACGGUGUCAUAUUUCGAGUGGCUGAAGAAUCUCAACCACGUCAGCUAUGGAAGACUGACCUUCAAGUACGAGAGGGACUCCAACUACCACCUGCUCAUGUCUGUGCAGGAAAGUUUGGAGAGGAAAUUCGGCAAACAAGGAGGACCCAUUCCUGUCGUGCCCACUGCCGACUUCCAGGCUAGAGUUGCUGGUGCGUCUGAGAAGGAUAUUGUUCACUCAGGUUUGGCCUACACCAUGGAGAGGUCUGCUCGGCAAAUCAUGCGCACAGCCAGCAAGUACAACCUGGGCCUGGACCUGAGGACGGCCGCUUAUGUCAAUGCCAUCGAGAAGGUCUUUAAGGUCUACAACGAGGCUGGACUCACCUUCACAUAAAGGCACUUCCCUUGUCCUUCCUGCAUCCCGCCGCCUCUCAUGCCUUCCAAACUUUCCAAACAGCCUUCUGAACAUAUCAGUAUCCUGCACUCACUCACUCACGGACAGUGUCACAUGGACUGACCGGGUAUAGAGCCUGUGAUCCAUGAGCUGUCCUGCUCCCCCACCCUUUGCCUGGUACAUCCAUCACAGUGACCAUUCAUCAGCAAUGGGGUCACUAGAAAAGCUUGACCUUUCGUUAUGGUCCGGCUGACCGCACUGCAGAGGCCUUACGUUAGCAGAGGUUUAUAACAGAGGAUUUAUGUAAACAGUAAUUUUAAAACCCAGAUGAGGUUCAGGACUCCAAAAACAGGCUUGCUCGUCCCUUGUACGCUACCUUCUUCCAGCUGCUUGAUCCAUCUUGAGAGGGGAGCUGGUGUGGGGAGGGUGGGGCUGAGGCUGCCCCAAGGUUAAUCAUUUUGUCUUUUAACCGUCCAAUUCCUUGCCUCUUUAUUUUGGAGGAAAACGCCCUUUUCUUUUUAAUUUUGUUCUUUUUUGGAAAACAAUAAAAUGUUAUUAAAA